AGCCGAAGCAGGCCACGAAAGCAUCGCACAUCAUCUCUUCAAUCAAGGGGCCGAUGUCAACUUUCAUAUGGCCAAGGGCGCAUAUGCCAACGCGCUACAAGCCGCCUGUGCCGAACGACACCAGCAGGUAGUCAAGAUGCUGCUUGACAAAGGCGCCGACGUGAACGCGCAAGGCGGACGCGAUGGCAAUGCACUGCAGGCAGCUUCUGCAGAAGGGCAAAUACAAAUCGUCGAGAUGCUGCUUGGAAAAGGUGCCAGCGUCAAUUCGCAAGGUGGAUUCUACGGCAAUGCGCUGCAGGCAGCUUCUUCAGCAGGAGGCCGUGAGCAAAUUGUCAAGAUGCUGCUUGAAAAAGGCGCUUACGUUAAUGCACAAGGCGGGUUCUAUAGUAACGCACUACAGGCUGCUUCUUCAGAAGGCCUAGAGCAUGUAGUGAAGAUGCUGUUAGACCAAGGCGCCAACGUUAACGCACAGGGAGGCCCCUACGGUAACGCACUGCAGGCAGCUUCUGCA